AUUCAACUCACCUUUUGCGUGCCUUAACAGACAUAACUCACAAAGAUGGCAGGACCGGCAGAAAGAGCUAUCACAAAAGGCUGUCUUAAGCAGAUAUUUGAGCCAGAGAAGCCGCAGUUGCCGGUAGUUCAGUGUCUACAAAUUAAAGCGCUGCAAAGCAAGCAGCCAGCCCAAGAUGGUCUUGAUCGCUACCGUCUCAUCCUCAGCGACAUAGACAACUUCAUUCAAAGCAUGCUCGCAACGCAGCUCAACGAUAUGGUUAUUAGUGGCGAGCUUAAGAAGGGUUGCCUACUCAGGCUUAACGCAUACCAACCAAAUCUUGUCAAGGACAAGAAGAUUCUCGUCGUCAUGAGUUGCGAAGUUCUGCCUGAGUAUGGUGAGCCGGAAAAGAUCGGCACUCCGGUGGCCCUUGAGGCAGACUCAGCUGGCGCCCAGCCAGGCAACGUAUCGGCAAAUGGAUUUUAUGGCAACAAGCCUGCCAUUAAGCAAGAGAACACUCAGAGGUCGAUGCCGUCACGUUCCGCAAAUAGCGAAAGCCACCAAAAUCUAUACCCCAUCGAAGCACUCUCUCCAUAUGCGCACAGAUGGACAAUCAGGGCACGAGUCACGCACAAGGCUCCGAUGAAGACAUGGCAUAAUCAGCAAGGCGAGGGUAGACUGUUCAGCUUCAACUUGCUGGACGAGAGUGGCGAGAUUCGAGCAACAGUAUUUCAUUCGAUUGGCGAGCAGUUUGACGCACUGUACGAAAUGCUUCAGGAAGGUGAAGUUUAUUACAUCUCAAGCCCAUGUCAGGUUAAGAUGGCCAACAAGCGCUUUUCACAACUGAACAAUGACUAUGAGCUCACAUUUGAGCGUGAUACUAGAGUUGAAAAGGCCGAAGAUCAAUCAGCAGUGCCGCAAGUUCGCUACAACUUUACUAGCAUUGGGGAUAUGUCAUCCGUCGAGAACAACCAAACCACGGAUGUGAUUGGAAUUUUGAAGGAGGUUGGUGAGGUCAGCCAAGUCGUCUCCAAGACCACUUCAAAACCAUUCGACAAGCGAGAGUUGACCCUUGUUGAUGAUACAUUAACACAAAUCAGACUGACGAUCUGGGGAGCCCAAGCCCAAAGCUUUGAUGCUCCGGUUGAAUCAGUUUUGGCUUUUAAGGGAGUCAAAGUCUCGGACUUUGGUGGUCGUAGCUUGUCAUUACUGUCAUCAGGAUCAAUGGCCGUGAAUCCAGACAUCGACGAGGCACACAAACUCAAAGGUUGGUAUGAUGCUCAGGGCAGGAACGACACUUUCCAGACACAUUCAGCCACCCUAGCUGCUGGUAAUAGCGUCCGGAGGGAUGCCUACAAAACCAUUGUUGAAGUCCAGAAUGUUCUUGGUCUGGACCCCGACAAAGCAGAGUACUUCACGCUUAAAGCGACAAUUGUCUAUAUCAAGCAAGACAACAUCUACUACCCCGCCUGCCCUAGCCCGGAUUGCAAUAAAAAGAUCACCGAACUGGAACCUGAGAAUUGGCGUUGUGAAAAGUGCGAGAAGAGCUUUCCAAAGCCACAAUACAGGUACAUCAUUUCACUCAACGUGCAAGACCACACAGGUCAGAUGUGGCUCAGUGGGUUUGACGAUGCGGGCCGACUCGUACUUGGCAGGACCGCUGAUGAGAUUGCGGAAUUGAAAGAGGCCGACGAAUCUAAGCACGUUGAGGCGAUAUUUGAAGAGGCGAACUGCAGAUCUUACAUAUUCAGGUGCAGGGCGAAGCUUGACAACUAUCGUGACGAGCAGAGGGUGCGAUAUCAAAUCAUGAGCAUAAACCCGGUCGACUUCAAAGCUGAGAGUGCGAAGCUCGCAGAGAUGAUCAAACAGUACGACAUUGGUUCGGACAGUUUGUUUGUCUAGGAUUCACGCUUCCGAAUGUCGUCUAGGCACUCGGCGUUUGAGAUGUGAGUUUUUGGAGUAGGGGCGAUACAGAAGUUCAAAAUACUACGUCAUCAUGGUCAAUGGUGGGUACUAGGUGGCUGGCCUAGAUGGCCUGCAUGGCUGUGACCUUUUAUCAAGUAGAACUCUCUACACCCUUUCGAAACGUUCUCUCGCGAUCGCAGCUCGUUCUUCAACCGUGCAUCUCGUUAGUUUCUGCGCGAUCCGUCUGCAACGCUUUCGAAGGUCGACGACCGUCGGAAGCAUUUUCAAUCUACAAUGGCAUGAUACUCAACGAGGACGCGGGAUGUACGAUAAUCAUGAUUGGAGGUGACUUUCACGACCUGCUGGGUUUACAACUCUAGCUCACUAAUUCUGAUGAUUUCCAUGUCACAAAGACGGCGGUUCGUAUGGAGUAGUUUCUUCCCAAAGCUUGUUCUUCGGUUCAAAGGUGUCAGUUCUUCUCGCUUCACACCAAUGUGAUAGUCGCACGUGCGCUCCAAGGCACAAGUUCAAUGUUGGUGAGAAUGUAAGUGCUUCAGGCUACGGAGUAGCAAGAGCGCCAACCUCAGCCAAUAGACUUGGUGACUUUGUAGCGAAGUCAUGUGACUGCGACCUUGUGGCGCAAUGCUGAUCGUCGCUAGUGACGUUGACAGCCUAAGUUAG